AUGAUAUCCCCCAACCUCCCCCUCCGGCUCCGCCACCUCCGCUGCCUUCUCGCCGCGGCGCCCUUGUCCUCCCCCGCCGCCGCAUACUACUCGCGCGCAUCCUCCCCACCUUCAAACCGCGCUCAGGCCCUGCCCCCGCCCCCGCCACCGCGGCGCCAUCUCCCGGACCUCCCGGCGCGACGGUUCUCCUCCGGGCACGUCCUCCUCCCCACCAACCUCCAGGAGGAGCACGUCGCGUCUCUGUCCGACAGGAUCUACCACGCGGUGACAGAGACAGAGGAGGGCUCCAACGAGGGCACGGAGGCCGCCCUCGACGCGCUGGGCGCCGAGCUGACCACCCCGCUCGUGGCCGACGUGAUGCACCGCCUGCGCUACGAGGAGAAGCUGGCCUUCCGCUUCUUCGCCUGGGCGUCCCAGCAGGACAACUACGAGCACGAGCACCGCACGUACAACGACAUGAUCGACAUCCUCUCCGGGACGCGGUACAAGUCCCGCCAGUUCGGCGUCCUCUGCGACGUGCUCGACCACAUGAAGCGCCACGGCACGAGGUCGGUGCCGGUCGAGGACCUGCUGGGCAUCCUGCGCGCCUACACCGAGAAACACCUCACCAACCUUAGGAAGCUGGCGAAGAAGCGGCGGGUGCGGAUGCGCACGCCGCCGGAGACCGACGCGCUCAACAUCCUCCUGGACGCGUUUUGCAAGUGCGGGAUGGUCAGGGAGGCGGAGACGGUGUUUGGUCGCGUGAAGAAGAAGCUGCAAGGAAAUGCCGAGACCUACAGCAUCCUCUUCUUUGGGUGGUGCCGCGCCAGGGACCCCAAGAAGGCCAUGAAGGUGCUCGAGGAAAUGGUUGAGAUGAAGCACACCCCAGAGAACUUCACGUACAUUGCUGCUAUUGACUCGUUCUGCAGCGCUGGUUUGAUCUCGGAGGCAAGAGAGUUGUUUGAGUUCAUGAGGACCGAGGGAUCGAAGAUAUCCUCUCCCACUGCUAAGGUAUAUGCUAUUAUGAUUGUUGCGCUAGCCAAAGCUGAUCGGAUGGAUGAGUGCUUUGAGCUGAUUUCAGAUAUGAUUAAACGAGGCUGCAUGCCUGAUGUAUCAACCUUUAAAGAUUUGAUUGAAGGCAUGUGCUUGGUGGAUAGACUCGAUGCUGCCUACUGCAUUUUGGAGGAGAUGGGGAAGGCUGGGUUUCCUCCUGACAUUGUCACUUACAAUUGCUUUCUUGAGGUACUUUGUCGUCUUCAGAAGGCUGAUGAUGCGCUCAAACUCGCCGAGAGGAUGAUAGAAGCACACUGUGAGCCCAGUGUUCAUACUUACAAUAUGCUGAUGGUGAUGUUUUUUGAGAUGAGAGAGCCACACAGGGCACUCGAUAUUUGGACUGAAAUGGACAAGAGAGGAUGUCGACGUGCUGUUGAUACCUACGAAAUAAUGAUUGAUGGGCUGUUUGAUUGUGGAAGAACGGAAGAUGCAACCACUCUUCUAGAUGAAGUAAUAAACCAUGAUAUGAAACUGUCGUACAAGAAGUUCGAUUCUAUCAUGCUGCAAUUGUCAGCUGUUGGCAACCUUGGCGCAAUACAUCGGCUUUCAGAGCAUAUGAGAAAAUUUUACAAUGUUGCAAUGUCAAGACGUUUUUCGAUCACACAGAAGAAGAAGAGCAUUGGUAUUAGAAGGAGAUGA